CCGUGAUUUAUGCACCAGAGUAGUGACUGAGGAGGGUAUUAGUACUUUGAAGGAAAACGUACCCGUUAGUCUUUGCAACCUCGAGAAGAUAUUUCCUCCAUCAUUCUUUGAUGUAAUGGAACAUCUUGCUAUUCAUCUCGCAAGAGAAUUGGAGCUUGGUGGUCCUGUGCAGUACCGAUGGAUGUAUCUUUUUGAGCGUUAUAUGCAUCAUCUGAAGAAGAAGAAGAUCAAAAAUUUAAGCAAGGUGGAAGGAUCUAUAAUUGCACAGGUGAUCAAUGAAGAAACUUCAAACUUUGCUGAAAACUACUUUCCAUCAGAAGUGCAUACAAAAAACCGAAGACCUGCUCGGCAUGAUGACAGAGGAGAGAAAGCAACGUAUCAUGUUACUGUCCCAAGCAUGUUCAGCGAAAUAGGACGACUAAGUGGAAAACCCACGAAGCGGAGACUGACGGAGAUUGAUCACGCUCAUUUGCAAACAUAUUUGCUUACCAACUGUGAAGAUGUUCUACAAUAUGAGAGUGUUUAUAUGGCAGAGUUGCGUAUGACUUACAGACAUGCCACAGAAGAAGAGCUUCAACAACUCAGACAUAACGGAUUUGCUGCAUGGCUUCUUAAUUAUGUGACUGAUGGUUUGGCCAGAGGUUUUGUGUUCGAUGAUUGGAUAUGCGAGUUUAUGCGGGGACCAAACUAUGUGAUCAAAUCAUAUCCAAAAUAUUGUACACGAGGAUAUGCCUUUGCAAAAAAAGGUCAUUCUAGGACAACUUAUGAUGGAGGUGUUUCCUCUUCUUCCGGUGACGAUGUCUACUACGGCAACAUACAAGAAAUAUUGGAAAUCCAGUAUCCUGGUAUGGUUGGAUUGCGGUGUGUAGUAUUCUAUUGUGAUUGGUAUGACACCACCCCAGAUCGAGGAGUGAAGACUGAUGCGUUUGGUGUUACUUCGAUUCAUUCGCGGAGGAAACUUCAACAUUAUGAUCCUUUCAUUCUUGCUUCGCAAGCUGAUCAGGUAUGUCAAUUUAAUAUUCAAAAAUAUAAUUAACGGUUUAUAUAUUAUUAUUAAUACCUUGAAAAAUUGAUA